UGCUCUUCAUAAAUCAUACUUGCUUAAGUUUGUCGUAGUUAUCAACAACAACUAGUAAAUAUAAAAGAACUUGAAAAAUGAUUUUUAUAGUUAUUUUAUACCUUUGUCAAACUUUACAGUUUUUAGAAUCCUCAGUGCUUGUAAAGAUUAAUUUGGAAACAUUUGACACCCGCUGUUCAAAAAACCGAGAUUUUAACGGAAUACCAUGUAAAGUUUUACCUGCUUCUGAGUGUUCAUUUAAAUUUGAGAUCUGCUACGGUUCAAGUUCACUUCACUGUUUUUUUACACAUACCUUAACUCAAGAUAAAAAUACAAGAAUUACAAGAUUUCCACUAAAGUUAUCAAAUGAUAUGACUAACCCAUUGAUAUUAAAAACAUCAUCACACAAGGUAAGUUUUAAUUUAAGCGUCACAAUUUACACUCAAUUUCACGAAAAUGACAAGAAUAUCAAUUUGUUCAAUCGGUUGUCAAAACAAUUUUCACUUGAUGCAAUUGGCAUAAAAAAACAUAUCAUUUUAGGUGGAAUAAAUCCAAUGAUAUCAAAUGAAAUAUCAUUUACAACAAGUUUCGAUUGCGAUGACAAUUUUAAACCGCCUAAUUGUGUUGAAAAAGUAUGCAUCGAACAUGAUGACGAUAUAAACGGACACUACACAUGUGAAAAAAAUGGAGUUAUAACAUGCAGAGUCGGAUGGACUGACCCAUCAAAGAAAUGCUUAGUUUCAACACUACAACCUUUCUCAAAAGUGGGCUGCUAUCAUGACUUUGGACCUAUCUUAGGAAAACGACCUUUCCCAAUAUUUGUUAAUUACCGCUCGUUAAUUGACUGGAAUAAUAAAAAAGUUAGCUUUGAAAAUAUAACUAUGAAAUGUUCUUCUUAUGCUAAAGAAAACGGGUUUGAAUACUUUGGUAUUGAAUUUUGGGGUGAGUGUUGGACUGGUGCAACACCCAAUAUAAACUAUGCUCGAGACGGAGAAUCUACUUUAUGUUGGCCUACUCCAGAUGAAAAUUUGGGUCCAAUGCUUGUUGGACAAGACUCAACCAUUAUGGUGUACAAAAGGAAUAAAUUGAGAAGCUAAAGAACUUUUCGAAGGAUGAAAACAUUUGAAGCCAAAUGAAGUACAGAAGCAAUUACAAUCAAAAAGUGUUAAUUUCUGAUAUUAUUAAUUAUUUAAAAUCAA